CCCCCACCUCCUUCUCUCAAACUCCUGCAUCCACGCAGGGAGCAGCAACAGGAGGAGGAGGAGGAUAAAUGAAACAGUUUGUGCAACCACAUGUUGCUGGGCUUGUUGGAAGCGCCGCAGCUCUCUGCUCCUGUCUGAGGAUUGUGCGCCUGGCUGCUCUGCAUGUGUAGCUCCUGCCACUCUCCUAUCCACCUCCCCCCCCACGCACUAUAAUCCACAGAGAGCGAACCAAAAAGAAAGAAGAGCAAACAGAGGUUUGGAGGAGGAGGAGGAGGAUUUCUCUCAUGACAAGUGGAUUUCGGACGGAGAGACAGACUUGCUGCAGUUAACACAAAUGAAAGCAGCAUCUUAAAGCCAUCACUAUGACCGGACUCAUCAACAAGGAGACCCGAUGCGCUCUGCCGCUCAGUGUUUCUGACAUCACUUCCUGUGUCAGGGGUUACACUUUGGCUCUGACCGCCUCCAUGACCUAUGAAAACAUUGAGGAUCAUGCCAUUGAGGGGAUCUUCAUAUACCCCCUGGAGGAAAAUUCCAUUGUCGUAGGCUUUGAGGCUAUGAUAUCGCAUCAAAUUAUUACACUGCAAGUGAAAAGCAAAAUAAAAAUACACGACUGUUAUCCGGACAGCUGCAACACAAGCAACGGAGCCCCACAAAGUGGGAGUGGACACAUAGUGAUGGAUGAGGAUUUUGAGAGGACAGUGCUAGUGGUUAACCUUGGCAUCAUCCCUCCGCUGGAGACGGUUCACAUCCUAGUCAGCACUUCGUCGGAGCUCUCCACCCUGCCGAGUGGGGGGAUCAUGGUGUCCACCCCACCUGUUUGCACACCUCGGGUACAGAGGACCAUCAAUGAGGAGCAGGGCCUAUCUCCAAACUUCUCCAGACUGAGAGACAGACACACGGGUGCCUCAAACCUUCAAGACCAAAACCCUAAUGGCCCCCAAAUGUGGUUAACCUCACUCCUGGAGGACGAGACCAUUAACUCCAUGGAUUAUGAAUUCAACUUCCAGAUGGAGAUACGGGCCCCUUACCUCCUUGCAGGUGUGGAGAGUCCGUCUCAUGCCAUUCGGGCAGAUGCAGACCCUCUGGCCCGCUCUGCCACCAGCAUCGUCGUCACUCUGGCUGACAAGUACACUUACGACUGCCCCGUUCAAAUCCUCAUCUACCCCAGUGAGCCUCAUCUCCCUCAUGUGCUCAUUGAAAAUGGAGACAUGACGCAAGAGGAGUACGACGAGUAUCUUCACAGCCGGAGCGACUUCAUCAAAGCCACCAAGAAGGACUCCAGCGAUGAGAGGAAAGUGGAUAUAAUUCACCGCCGACUACAUAAAGACAUCCUCCACAAUCCUGUGGUCAUGCUGAACUUUUGCCCUGACCUCAAACCUAUCUGCUCGGACCUGAGGAAAGUUCAUGGCGAAUUUAUCUUCCUGGUUGACCGCAGCGGCAGCAUGAGCGGAAGCAAAAUCAAUCGUGUGAAGGAUGCCCUGGUGGUCAUUCUCAAGAGUCUGAUGCCUGGCUGCCUUUUCAACAUCGUCAGCUUUGGAUCAAUGUUCAAGUCAUUGUUUGCAAGCAGUCAAAGCUAUGAAGAGGAGGCUGUGGCCCAGGCCUGUGAGUACGUCAGGAAGAUGAGAGCAGACAUGGGGGGUACCAACAUCCUCCCCCCUCUCACCUGGAUCCUGCAGCAGCCCAUGGUCAGCGGACACCCCCGGCUGCUCUUCCUGCUGACGGACGGCGCCGUCAGCGACACGGGCCGGGUCAUCGAGGUGGUGCGCAGCCACGCGCGCUACGUUAGAUGUUUUACAUUCGGCAUAGGCCUGAAUGCUUGCAGGAGGCUGGUGCACGGGCUGGCGGCGGUCUCCAAAGGAACAGCAGAGUAUCUGGCUGACGGAGAGAGGCUGCAGCCCAAGAUGAUAAGGACGCUCAAGAAAACAAUGUCCCCCGUGCUCAGCGACAUUUCCAUCGAAUGGCUUUUUCCUGAAACCAAGGAGGUGCUGCUCUCACCUGUGGGGAGCACCUUCCUCUUCCCGGGGGACAAUCUUAUUGGCUACAGUGUGGUUUGCGACACAAGCCGUUACCACAACCCCAAAUCUGAUAAGAGGAGGCGAUACAGCAUGAUGCGCUCCGUUGAGUCAGCCAGCUCGGUGUUCUACCACUCUCAAGAGGAGGAGUCAGCGAAGAUGGGGACUUGUAAUCAAGGAUACCACAGGGAGGCGCCCUCUUGGGCCUCGUGCGUUUCCCACCAGGACUCCCUGACAGACAGCAGCCCUGUCACUGCAGAACAGGACAUUAUGGAUGACACUGUGCAGAGGAGACGGGCGUACAGCACCAACCAGAUAAUGGACUUCAACCCAGCAAAGAAAACCAACACUCCCAGCGACCCGAGCUCCGUGGCCCCCAAGAACCCACUGAGGAGAACCAAAGUCCAGGAGCUCAUUGGCCAAAUGAGCCCAGAGCACGAGGCCCAGUGGAAGAGUGACUUUCAGCCUCAGUUGGCCAGCCUGUGUGCCGCCGCGUCCUUCAAAGGACAAGCAGCCAGCUGCCACAAGCUUCUUCCUCAGCAAGAGCUACUGCUGCACCGCAAGGAUGAUCCAGAGCUGCACUCGAACCCGCAGCAGCAGGACGUCCCCCAAGCUGGCGAUGACUACAAGGCGGCUCGCAGCUAUGCAAUGGGAGGCGGAUCUGGGUCUUCGACUGACAGCCCCUCUCUGGGCAGCAUUGGAGACUCAGAUGGAUAUGGACACCAGUUGUGCCAAGCAGAGACCCCACAGGAUACACAAAUGUCAGAUCUAGCUUCUUUCACGCAGCACCAAGGAGACUGCAAGGCAGUGGUGUCAGGACUUCUGUGUGGGAAGCCAAUGAAAUGGGAGAUGGUCUUUGACAUUGAGCCUUUUCUAAAUGGCCGGGAGCGUGAAGAGAAGGUUCACGAAGAGCUGUGGAACGAGACCUUCCACUACCUUGCAGGGCGCUCCAUCAUCCACGACUUUGAGCAGAUGGCAAAAAAGGAGUGUGCGAUAGAGCAUGACUCUGGUAGAAAGUACCAGUCAUAUGCUAUUCACACCAGCAAAGCCUGUAAUAUACUGAGCAAAUACACAGCAUUUGUUCCCAUUGACCUGGACACCAAUGAGUAUUUGCCCACAUGUGUAGAAUAUUUAAGCCCUGGUGAAGGUCGGAAGAGGGGUUCUAGAUCUCGAUCAGGGAGCCGGAAAAACAGAACUUACUCCAUUGGUCUGGGUCGUUCUCAGUCUGGAGGCAUGUCAGAAGAAGCUGAAGACGCCCCGUUGCUUAACAAUGGCGAGGAUGGUGCCUCACCGUGCAGCACUCCAUCCUCCGCUGGCUGGGAGAGAUGCAGCUUCACAGAGGUCUCCCAAAGGAGUCCCUCUGUGACCUCCGACCAAUCCCAAAAAUCAAUGGAGAGCCUUUUUUCUGCCAGGCUGGCCCUCAGCAGGACUCGCCUCCUGACUCGAGCUGCCAAAGGGUUCAUGUGCCGAACACACAGCAAGUCUGGAGAUUCGAUCGGAGAGGGUGAGAGCGAGAACAGAGACUACAUUCCUCUGGUGUUGUUGCAGUUAGCUAGUGGUGCAUUUCUGCUGGACUCAGCGUUGUGUGAAGCCAUAAACGUUCCAAUGGACAAGCUCAAGUGGACGUCCCCCUUCACCAGCCACCGCUCGAGCAGCCGCCGCACUGAAAGCACAGACGACGGCUCCAGAUCACCUCUAGAGCACGAAAUGCAAACUGCAGAGCAUGCUGGAGGAAUCAUCGCAGCCCCCCGUCCCUCCAGGGGUGUAUGGCCGGACACUGGUGCCUCAUUACCAAGCCCGUCCACCGCUGCUGACCUCCCACUGUCCACACACUCCUUCCACGCCGAUGCUGUUAGGAGCUCGGCUUCAGGGGGCUCUGAUACAACCUCACCUGGUGGCGUGCUGAAGAAGACGUUGAAUCCAGAAAGCAUGGUGUGGGCCACAGCCGUGGCCCUCGCCUGGCUGGAGCACAGCUCAGCCAGCUAUUUCAUUGAGUGGGAAUUGGUCGCAGCAAAAGCCAGCAUGUGGCUCAGUGAGCAGGACAUUCCUGAAGGGAAAGAUUUAGCCUCCAUCAAGGCGGCUGCCAAUCAGCUCUUCAUCAUUCUCAGACACUGGGAUGAGAACCUGCAACUGAACAUGCUCUGUUACAACCCCAAUAGCGUCUGAGGUUUUGAUGGAGACCACCAAGGUGUUCUUGGUCCUAAAUGAAACUAUGCUAACCAAGGCUCUGCUGUUCUCUGCCCAGCAUUUUGCUUCUAAAGUCUUAACUCUCGUCACUGCCGUGGUGAACAGUGUGUUUUUGUCCCGUCGUCGUGGUGUUCCUCCAAACAUAUCACAGUUGCCGACACACCUGGAGAGCAGCAGCCAUCAAAAACGACUCGGUGAGUGUCAGUGUUAGUCAUUGCCUGUUAAACCGCAGACUAUCCAAAAAAAUACCACGGUGGCCACAGAAACCCAAUGCUGCAAAAGAUUAAAAAAAAAGGUUUGCAAAAACUAUUGCAUAGGUGGCAUACUGUUGCUGCGUCAUGUUCUCCUGAACCCACUGUGUUGUGGAAGAAAAAGAAGAAUCUGGGUUCUUCCUGGCUGUACUGUCACCUUUUUCUUAUGCCAGUUGUCCAAUCAAGCGUAGUUACUGUUUUUGCCUUUGUUGGUUUAAUUGUAGCAAAGAUGAAAUUAUAUGCAAACAAAACUAAAGAAAAUACUCAACCUAAGGUAUGUCAGAAUAAAAAAAAAUAGAAUAAAUAUGGUGUUAAUAGACGUUAAUGAAUGUCUGUAAAAUUAUUUCCAUUAAUUUAAUAUUUCACAUUAUUUUAAGUCAUUUUACUUUUUAUAAUACAGCACGACAGGCUUUACCAGCAGUAUGUUAGCUUGGAUGUUAUAUUGAAAAACUAUUGCUAAACAAGGCCCCGCAAGGCAUCACAGUUCAUUUACCACAAGUGCCUACACAAAGUGGAAGUCUUUGCGCUGCAGCUCAGUCACUUGGUUUAGAUGCACUAAAAGCUGUCCAAACAUCAGCCAGUUGAAUGUCAGUGACUCUGCUUGUGUGAAUCUCAAAAAAGAUGAAGUCGACCCACUUCAGAAUGGGGAGGAAAGGUGACUGAAGGGACGUAACUCUUGAUGCUGACUUUUUUUUUUUUUUAGUUUUGGGAGGGUAUUUUAAAUCGUCGCCUCAGUUUAUUGUUAUCUACUGACAGAAGCAGCUGCUGUUUUGAUUUGAAACAAACCACAACAGCUCAUCUGGUACCAACCAUUGACUGAAGGAGAACUGGACUGAGUGGCCCCUCCCCCUUGGCAUUCCGAAUAGGAAGGAAAACAAAUUCCUUAUGUUGAGAAAAAACAUUCUAUUUGUCAGAAUAACCAUUCUUGUUCUGCUCUGCUACCUUUUUUUUCCAGAUACCUCAAUAUGGGGUCUCACGUCCAACGAUCAAAACGUUUUAUAGAUUUUGUGAAUCCCACUUUCAAGUGGUAGGGGUGUGGACUUCUAACAACUUCCCUCCUGAUUCUUGAGAGUGGUUGAAACAUUGACUCACAUCAAACACUGCUUACUGACGAUUUCUGGUUCCAAAAUGGCGGCAUCCAUAUCGCUAAAAGAAUAGUGAUCAAAUUGGCUUCAUUUCUAUGGAGCAGGAAGUAAGCCAUGGGUGGUGUCGCACUCACUCUCUUCAGUUCUCAUAUAUAGUCAUGGUACCAACCACCACUUCGACUCAAAAGGGUCUGGGCCUCUUCAACCCUAACAUUUAAAAAAAAUGAACCUGACAUCAACUACAGGUCAUCAGACCACAUUGUUCACAUUCUUGGAAAAUUUUGGUCUGACUUUUAGUGCAGGUAUAAGCAACAGCAGAGAGUUUCUGUUUCACAAUAAUGCAUCUUGAACAUUCUUUUAUUUAUCCAAAAGGAACUUUUAUUUUGAAGGUCUCAAUCACCUGCAUGAUGAAGGUUAGAAAAAAAUGUAUAUGUUGUAAGUUUUCAUCGCCAUACAAUUCAAAUCAAUUCAAUUCAAUUCAAUUUUAUUUGUAUAGCCCAAAAUCACAACAACAGUCGUUUUGAAGGGCUUCGAAGUAAAACAUAAACUCAAAAGGAUCAUGAAUACAAAGAGUUCAAUAGGAAAAUACUAAAAAUGAACUAACAAACUGACUAAGCUAUACUGGCAUCCCUGCCCUUAGACCCCGCUUCGCGGUACAGAGAGCUACUAACUCUGUAUGCUUUGUUUCUUCUGUACGUGUAAUGGUAAAUUAUAUAGUUAUAUAUAAUUAUAUUAUGCUAUAUAAAUAUAAAAAAACAUAUUAAUAAAUUACAAUAAAAACCAACAGCAAAGCCAUAACAAGAAAUUGAUUUGGGGAAUUUCUGUUGAGUGAAGAUUGUUUCAAAUUAAUAAGAUUAGUUUUAUUUUUAAUUUAAUUUCACACCUUCCUGCACAAGAGAAAACUAAGGCAUAAGAAAGGAAAAAGAAGACAUUUGCACUCCUUCCUUUUUUUUUUUUAAAGUAAAUAAGUGAACCUGAAGCACCAAUCACGUAUUUUCUCCAUUCUGAUGAAGAGGGUUUGAAAUCCAUCAGGUCAACUUAUUUUAAGCCACGGCCGCGUUUCACUUCCCGACUGAUGUUUGCAUUGCAGUGCAGCUCUGGUGUAACAGAUGCUGAUUGGAAGCCUCAAAAAAAAAAAGAAAAGAAAACAUGCUUUCUUUUGUAAAAUCUGUAUUUUUUUUUGUCAGCCUGGAAAUGCAAGCUGAUAAUUGUUAAAUUUAACACAAACCUUGUGAUGCUCUGCUUGUACUAGUCAAUAGGGUGUCCAGCAUCAUUGUGUGUGAGUGGUCUGUUUGUGACGCUGAUGGGGUUGCCUUGUUUGGAGAAUGCUGUAAUUAACUAGUAUUGUUUUGUUUUGCACCAAGUCAAGCUUAACCAAAAA